AUGUCUGCCGUGGUUCAUUACCAUUAUCUGCCGCUGUCUGCCAUUAUCUGUCGCUGUCUGCCAUUAUCUGUCGCUGUCUGCCAUUAUCUGCCGCUGUCUGCCAUUAUCUGCCGCUGUCUGCCAUUAUCUGCCGCUGUCUGCCAUUAUCUGCCGCUGUCUGCCAUUAUCUGCCGCUGUCUGCCAUUAUCUGCCGCUGUCUGCCAUUAUCUGCCGCUGUCUGCCAUUAUCUGCCGCUGUCUGCCAUUAUCUGCCGCUGUCUGCCAUUAUCUGCCGCUGUCUGCCAUUAUCUGCCGCUGUCUGCCAUUAUCUGCCGCUGUCUGCCAUUAUCUGCCGCUGUCUGCCAUUAUGUGCCGCUGUCUGCCAUUAUCUGUCGCUGUCUGCCAUUAUCUGUCGCUGUCUGCCAUUAUCUGUCGCUGUCUGCCAUUAUCUGCCGCUGUCUGCCAUUAUCUGUCGCUGUCUGCCAUUAUCUGUCGCUGUCUGCCAUUAUCUGCCGCUGUCUGCCAUUAUCUGUCGCUGUCUGCCAUUAUCUGCCGCUGUCUGCCAUUAUCUGCCGCUGUCUGCCAUUAUCUGCCGCUGUCUGCCAUUAUCUGCCGCUGUCUGCCAUUAUCUGCCGCUGUCUGCCAUUAUCUGCCGCUGUCUGCCAUUAUCUGUCUCUGUCUGCCAUUAUCUGCCGCUGUCUGCCAUUAUCUGUCGCUGUCUGCCAUUAUCUGCCGCUGUCUGCCAUUAUCUGCCGCUGUCUGCCAUUAUCUGCCGCUGUCUGCCAUUAUCUGCCGCUGUCUGCCAUUAUCUGUCGCUGUCUGCCAUUAUCUGUCGCUGUCUGCCAUUAUCUGCCGCUGUCUGCCAUUAUCUGUCGCUGUCUGCCAUUAUCUGUCGCUGUCUGCCAUUAUCUGCCGCUGUCUGCCAUUAUCUGUCGCUGUCUGCCAUUAUCUGCCGCUGUCUGCCAUUAUCUGCCGCUGUCUGCCAUUAUCUGUCGCUGUCUGCCAUUAUCUGCCGCUGUCUGCCAUUAUCUGCCGCUGUCUGCCAUUAUCUGUCGCUGUCUGCCAUUAUCUUGCUGCGAAUCCUAAGUUUUUGUUUCCUUCUUCCUUCCGGUCAUAA